AUCAAUAAAUCAGCGUGUAUAUUUAAAUUUAAAAAAGCAAGCAAUUAUGCUCUGUUUAUUAUUUUCACAAAAGGAAAAAUACCUAUAAAUCGCGGUAAAAAAUUUUUUUAAUGUUAUAAACUUGGUGGUAAUUAUUCAGUUUAGGCACUGGUAUUCAAAUAUCGAUGUAAUUGUGCUUAUUCGACGCAAUUUUGCUUCAAAUGAACGAAUCUAACAGAAAAAAGCGUCGCUCUAUUCCGGGAAGCGAGAUAUUAAUCGCUAAAGUUGACUAAUAUUCAGGUUAUAAAACCUGUCAUACCGACGCAAUCAGGAGGAUCAAACUCCGUGAAUUUUAAGGCGACUGAGUUGUAGUUAUUGGGUGAAUGUUCCAGGCGGCAGCACAAUCUGCUUUCCCCUCACCUCUUUCCCUGCUCUGUCCAUAAACUUAACCGCGUAAACUUAGCUUGUUUAGUUUCUCAAUUGUUUUUGGACAUUAUGUACGCAGCAUCACGCUGAAUUACGUGGUGUAUUACGGUGUUACGGUGUUGCUGUUAUAAUCCGAUUUAGAAUAUUUAUCAGUUUUUAUUAAUAAUUAAUUAGAGUGCGAACACUGUGAUUGUGUAUAAAAUUUAUGCUUAAUAUAGUAAUUGACGUGCUGUGUGAUCGAUUCUUAGCUAAGUGCUUUUUCAAAUCACCAUGGUUUAUAAAUGUUGCGUGCCCAAGUGCACAUCAAAUAAACAAAUUCCGUUGCAUGUAUUUCCAAAAGAUGAACGAAGAAGAAAAAGCUGGUUGAUAGCAAUCCAGAGAACAGAUUUAAUUAAGACAUUUAAAAAGUAUAGCUCCACAAAUGUCAAUGAAGGAGAAAGUGUGUAUUCUUAUGUGGGACGAGGUAUCUAUUCAACCCAAACUUACUUAUGAUCGCCGAAAGAAUAUCAUAUGUGGCUUUGAGGAUUGGGGUAACAACCGUACGCAAAAAUUCGCUGAUCAUGCUUUAGUUUUUAUGUUACGAGGAUUAUAUUCGGGGUGGAAAAUGCCUAUUUCAUUUAGUUUUUGUAAUAAGCAGACAAAUACCGCGCAAUUAAUUAGAUGUAUCAAAGAACAUGUAUUAAAAUUAAAACAAGUAGGCUUCCACAUUGUCGCUGGUGUCUGUGAUCAAGGAUCUUCAAAUGUUGCAGCAAUAAAAGAACUAAUAUUAUUUAGUAACAAAAAGCGAAAAUCGGAGAAUAGACCGGAGCGUAAAACAUUUGAAAUAGCAGGUAAUGAAAUUAUUCCGUUGUAUGACCCACCACAUCUUAUAAAAGGUAUUAGGAAUAAUUUCCUAACAAAAGACUUGGCCAUGAAAGUGAGAAAUAAUAAUGUAGAAAAAAUUGCAUCAUGGAAUAUAAUAAAAACCGCAUGGAUUAUGGACAAAACAUUACAUGUAACUCGUCCCCAUUUAAGAAAAAUAACACCCGAACAUAUAAUUGAAAGUAAAAUUAAAAAGAUGCGUGUCAAGCAUGCCGUACAAGUUCUGAGUGGUACAAUGGCUAGCGUUAUUGAAACGUUUACAAGAUCAAAAUUAACUGUACGUGUAGAUAAUGAAGACAUUUACAUAAAAGACGAAGAAGGAUUAGCAACGUUAGAGGCCGUCGAUUUUUUUAAUAAUCUUUUUGACUCUGUUAAUGGUGAUAAUAAAAAUAACAAUAAUGAACUGCGAUGCUCAGUGACUAAAAAUAGUAAACACCAUGCGUUCUGGAUAUAAAUGUACCCGAUGACAUUAUUAUUGCAUCGUCAUUACAUAAUCAAGAAGAAAUUAUACGAUUAAUUUUGAAAGAAGUUAACUUUUGUGCCGAAUGUGAAAAUAAUUUAACAACUAAUAAAUCUCCAGUUUAUAUGAGACAAAUAAUAUGUUUAGUUAAUAAGUUAUUAAAAACAAAAGGUCAUCAACGAAAUAUUUUAAAAAUUAUAUUAAAUUUUUCUGAAACGUGGACUUUGAAUAUAGAUGAGUGUGUUAAACAUCAUAAUGAUAUUAAAAAAAUUAUAAUCCGUAUAAUUGCAUUGAAAACUAUUGUAGUGUGGUGUGAUAAAAAAAAUAAAUUAUUAAAUAAUUUUGAUAUUGAUAUUGUACAACAUAAUGUCUUCAAUGACAUUUUAGAAAGUAAACGAAUUUGUACAAGUUAUAAAAAUACUACAAACAAAAGGAGAAGCUCAUUUUCAAAAUGUAAAAAAAUUAUAACA